ACUUUAGCGACAAUAACUCAAUGGCAAUCAGAAAUACAGAAGAACCCAGCUCAUUCAAACCUGAUUAGCUCGAACCUCUCACUUACUUGAACAAGAUUCUAUCUCCCUUGGAUAAGACCCCAUUUUUCCAGUUAGUACUAUCACAUAACUUAAAAUCCCCGCUGACUUGAACCAUCUCCUUUUUCGUAGAUUCUAAUGCAGUCUUUAGCAUGACAUCAGAAGACAAUGAUCAGGAAUAUUAGUUGUAGCUUUUGAAACUGAGAAUGAGGCUUAUGAAUGCGAAUUUGCUGUAUUAUAGUGUUAUAUAGUAGUCCACAUAUAGCCCAAGAUUGACUCUGAGCAUGUAUUGCAUGACGUCAUGGCGUCACGCGAAAGUCACGAGGGUUAAUGAGCCGACUUAUUUGGAAGGUACGAUCCACAGGAUGUAAACAGCUGUUUGGAUUAUAUCUAAAUCAGUGACAGACUGUUUUCCCCAUCGAGCCUGCAGCGGGUGAAAAGGAAAAAAAAAACCCGAGGGUGAUUGAGCUUCAUUCAACGAACUGAAAGGAAAAAAAUCACUGAAAGGACUCGAAACUUCAUCGAUCAGACCAUAUCAGAUGAUCAAGCUGAAUAAGUGGAGUGAACCAUACUGUGACCGGAUAUUUUGCAGAAGAUAAGAACUGUAGGAACAGAAACAGCAUAACAAAGUGGUGUCAGGUUGCUUUUUGAGUUCUGCAGUUGUUAAGAACCUUUCAGCAACUGGAAUAUGCCUGUACCUGCAUGGCUGAAGCUAUGUCGACCCACAAUAGAGCCAGUGAUCUUUCUCUAUGCAUAUGGUCUUUUUAUGCAUAUGCCAGUCAUUCAGCAAUAUGUGUACAAACGUGUUAGUGUUGCCAAGAAUUUCCCUUAUUCAUCGUCAACAAAGGAGAGAUGCCAAAACCAAACACAAAAUACAACUCUCAAAGAACUGGAAAAGGAGGUUCAGGCUUUGUCCUCCUACAUCCAUUUGGGAAUAGUCAUGUUUGCAUCAAUCCCCUCUAUUUUUACUGCCCUCUUCAUUGGAGCCUGGACCGACACAGUGGGGCGUCGACCUGCAUUAGCCCUCCCUGCUAUCGGAAGCACCCUUGAAGCUUUAGUUGUAAUCCUUACCAUGUACUUUGAAUGGCCAAUUUAUGUUUUGUUUGUGGGAAGUGCCAUCAGUGGCAUGUGUGGUUUCUUCACAACAAUGGUGCUUGCAGUUAUGUCCUACAUAGCUGACACUACUGAUGAAUCAGACAGGAGCUUCCGGUUAGCCAUUAUGGAGUUACUUGUGUUCAUUGGUGGAAUGAUCAGUCAACUCACUAGUGGCCUUUGGAUAGAAAAGUUCGGUUUUGUAGCUCCGUACUGGUUUAUAUUUGGCUGUCUUCUCGCUUCAGUCUUUUAUGUGAUUUUCUUCGUUCCAGAAUCAAGGCCCUCUACCUCCAGGGAUGGCAUGAUCCGGAGACUGUUCAGUUUGACAAGCGUGAAACGGGUGUGGUACGUGUACAAGUUUCCGAGAAACGGGACGAGAAGAAAUCUGAUAAUUUUCACAUUGUCCACUGGGGUGGUAGUUCUAACCAUUCUUGGUAUAAGCGGAGUGACUGUGCUGUUUUUGCUCCACAGUCCGCUUUGUUUUUCGGCAGAAAAGGUUGGAUAUUUCUCAGCUUUCCGUUACUUAAUAAACGGAAUUGGUGCAGUCCUUGGUAUAAAGCUGUUAGGAAAGUGUUUUAGUGAGAUCAACAUUGCCAGAAUUGGGAUCAUCUCCCUCGCAUCAGGGUUGUUAGUGUUUGGGUUUUCAAGGAAGGAGUCGUUGGUGUUUUUGUCUCCGAUUGCUGGUAUAUUUUCCGGAGCUGUUUCCCCCAUUUUCCGUGGAAUGAUGUCAAGAAGUGUGGGCGAGAAUGAGCAAGGAGCUCUAUUUUCAGCUACAGCGUCAUUGGAAACCUUGUGUAAUUUUAUUGGUGCUUUCAUCUUCAACUCCAUGUACCCGGCAUCGUUAAAACAUGACUUUCCAGGAUUUGUGUUCUUUCUGGGAGCUUUGCUGUUGAUCAUACCGUUAUUGUUCACCUGCUGUUUGAAGAAUCCUGCAAGCUUCUUGUCAAAGAGAGAUUUAAUUAAAUCUAGCGAGCAGGAUGACAUGGAAAACAGUUUGAUAUCAGGCGCUAGAAGUAUAUCAAGUGAGUCUGAGGGGUCACCUCAGCCUAGCCCUACAGUGGGCAGAGGAUAUGAGGCGGUAGCAUGAAAACAAAAGCUGAUCUUUGAUGGAAAUUAGAGUUCUGAUGGAAAAAAAAGGAAAAAAAGGUCGACAUGUA